AUGGAGAAAACAAUCAAGCAGAAGUUUGAAGUGAAAGCGGAGGACGUUGUCAAUGACGAUGCAUAUAUAGGUGGAACUUACAAGCUGGGUGGAAACGGUUGGGAAGAGAAAGUGUUGAAGGGUAUUUCAGUUGAAGAAGUAUGCAAAAUGCAAUUCGCUUGCAUAGACGAGGCUGAAACAUUUUACAACAUGUUAGCAAAACUAACCGGAUUUAGUAUUCGAAAAAAUGAUUUGAAGCGAGACAAGAAUGGAGAUAUAAUAUCUCGAAAGUGGGUGUGUUCCAAAGAAGGACAUCGAGCGACAAAGUUUUUUGAGAAUGACAAUCGACAGCGUGAGCCACGAUCGUUGACUAGAGUUGAAUGUGAAGCUGCAUUUCGUAUAGGCUUGAAUAGAAAAUAUGGAAAGUGGAUUGUAAAGGAAUUUAUAAGAGAACAUAAUCAUAAGUUGGUCGAUCCUAUUAGCAGACAAUUCCUUCACUCUCAUCGAACAGUAAGUAAUCCAGAAAAGGCACAAGUUGAUGUUUUGCGUCAAGUAGGUGUUAAAACCACACAAAUUAUAGACUAUAUGGUCAAACAAUCAGGGGGACAUGAGCACGUCGAUUUCACACAAAAAGAUAUAUACAAUCACGUUGAUGCAAUGCGUAGAAGUGAAAUUAAAGACAGUGAUACAGAAGCGGCAUUGGCUUAUCUGUGUGGAAAUGCAGAAAUGGAUUCUUCAUUUUUUUAUAAAUUCAACAUUGAUGAAGAAAGUCGACUAGCAAAUUUGUUUUGGGUUGAUUCAACUGCUCGAAUGGAUUAUGCGUGUUUUGGAGAUGUCCUAGCAUUUGACACAACCUAUAGGACAAAUGCCUAUAAAAAGCCUCUAGUAGUGUUGGUGUUGGAGACAUUUCUUGAUGCAAUGAUGAAUAAGAAACCCAUAUCUGUUGUAACCGAUGGGGAUAAAGCUAUGCGUAAGGCAAUUAAAAAAGUAUUACCCGAUAUGUGUCAUCGAUUGUGUUCAUGGCAUUUGCAACGAAAUGCAUUCACGAAUGUGUAUAUUAAGGACUUCUCAAGCAUCUUUGCAAGGUGCAUGUUCAUGCAUGGGAAUGAAGAAGAAUUUGAAAAGGUUUGGCAUGAAAUGGUUGCAAAUUUGGGACUUAAUGAGAAUUGUUGGGUGACCGAGAUAUAUGGGAAACGUAAAAGAUGGGCAGAGGUGUAUUUACGUGGAAAUUUCUUUGGAGGGAUGAGAACCACACAAAGGUGUGAGAGUAUGAAUGCAUAUCUAAAUAGAUUCUUAAAAAUUCGCUUGCGACAGUAUGAGUUUGUACAACAAUUUGAUAGAGCCAUACUGAGAAUACGGUAA